UGCGCAUUACGGUAGUUGAGACGUAGCUAGUGUAGUUCUUCUUUAGCUAGUUCUAUUUAUCGACAUUCUUUAUUUUCUGUUUAUUAUACAAAACGUCUUCUACGUGUAAGCGUGCCAAUUGUAUUUGCAUGUAUCAAUGCGUGACGCAUACUACUUUACUUGCUCAUGUCUAUGGAAGCUUUAACCUUUAAAUCUGCAUUGUUGUUGUGUAUAAUUUACUAACCAGACGUCGUGGCUUAACGUAGUUAACUUUCUUAUUUGGUGUUUAACUUUUCUGAAUUCUACUAAUGUGCCCCCGUGCACAAUUUAAAACCACAAAGGUGUGCACCUGUGGUAGAACUAUGCAAAUUAAAUGCAUGCAGUCAGUACUAUUAACGGCUGUGCUUUGUGCAUUUUAAACCCUAGAUGGCUGCCGCUGAAAGGACGUUUUCUGACGUUAAGGAAGUUAUUCUUUCUGCGCAUAAAGACACAGUUGCUGAAGAUAAAGUCGGCUUCUAUAACAAAUGGGCAAAUAAUUAUGAACAGGAUGUAGAUAUACUGGAUUACCGGGCCCCUUAUCUGGCUGCAGAGUGCCUGUCUGCAGCUUUUCAAGGAGACAGGGCUCGAGCGGUGGUUCUUGACGUGGCAUGCGGCACUGGACUGGUCGCCUCAUUGUUACAGAAAAUGGGGUUCCAGAAUUUCCACGGUGUGGAUGGCAGUGAGGGGAUGCUGCGCCUGGCCCAUAGUAAAGGACUGUACCAGGACCUGAAGCAGUGUAUUCUGGGAGCUCGGCCACUUCCAGCUCCAGCCGAGAGUUAUGAUGCUGUUCUUAUAGUUGGGGCUCUCAGUGUUGGACAAGUUCCCUGCAGCGUCAUUAGAGAGCUGUGGCAGGUCACAAAGCCAGGAGGAUAUGUGUGCAUGACCACAAGGGCCAACGCCUCUAACAGGGAAUAUAAGGAGGAGCUGGAGUCUGUGCUGCAGCUGAUGGAGCAGACAGGCUUGUGGAGCAGAGUGACAGUGCUGGAAGAAGACCUGUGGGAGAAGGCUGUGUCAGACCAAGAAUCAGGCUACAUCCCCGGGGUAGUGUACCUGUACAGGAAGUCUGUGGGAGCGACACAUGAACAGUUCAGUGCAAUGAGUCAAUAAGUAUAACAUUGUAAGAGGAUAGCGCCCCCUAUGGUUGUCACUCAAAAUCAUUGGAAUUCAUAUCAAUCUCAAGUUCUGUUAUAGUUACAGUGAAAAAAAAAAAGUUAUUUUCCAAUUACUUAAAUCAUCUUCUCUUUCCCAAAUGUGUCAUUGCUGUAGUAGAAUCCUGUUGCUGGCUUGUCAUACAAUAACAAAUAACAAACCAGAAAUAAACAACUCAAUUAAAAAAAAAAAGUUUUAUGUGUGGUCGGUAAUGUACCUGUAUUAUUAAUUGAAGCUCAGUGUUAAUGUACCUGUAUUAUUAAUUGAAGCUCAGUGUUAAUGUACCUGUAUUUUGAAGUGUAUCCAAGAUUUUUAUACAGGUUACAGAUUACUAGCCAUGUCUUUAAACAGAUACGGAGGACUUUAAGACAUAUCAUUUAUUUAAAACUGAAGAGAUUUUGUUGUGUAUUUUAGGAGGGUAUGUGGGCAUAACUGCGUUGGGCAACAGGUUACCAAGGCUUUCAGAAAGGGGACCGAGUCUUUGCUUCAGGGGAUGGAGCAAAAAGGGGCUGUGGGAAACAGUGGUAACAAACGAGGGAGAGAAGUUUGAAAAGGCAGGUUUGGAAGAUACUUCAGACUACAUGCCUGGGUAUGUGUAUGUGUGCAAAAAGGCUUAAACAUCCUCUUCUAAAGACAGGCAGCUGCAGCUGAUAGUUGAGUUUUUGAAUUUCUUUUCCAUGCUGUAUAUAAUGUACCUCACGGCAUGCUGCCAACAAAAAUGAACCUGACAAGCUGUGUUUAAAC